UUAGUUUGAGCUUCUGGAGGUGUGAAAUAGAACACGCAAUGCUUCAGUCUUGGAGUGCAUGCUGCUCUGACAAAAUGAAUCCCAGGCCCAAGGGUUGUUGUAGUCCCCAGGGACUGCAUAGCUCAUACAUGUGCCAAAAUAGAAGUAACUGAACUGAAUGUUGUUUGAAUUUUGAUGGGUUGGUUGUGUAUGGAAACCUAUUUUGGUUUGAAAUAGAACGCUCUUCACAGAUGUGUGUCCAUAGUUAGAUGUGCUGUGAAGCAAUACAAGUUCCAGUUUUGCUCAUUCCAUGACUUAAGUUCCUGUUUCCAUCCAGGUCAGUUAAACUGUAGAGAGUUUGCAGCUGAGACAGGGCAGCUGUCUCGAAGACGGGAGCCUGGGUGCGGGGGUGACUCCAGACAUACCUUUAUUUGGGGAGAAACAUGAAACUGAAAUUCUGCCUGCUUGUGAUGGAGGCCCCCAGGGCCCUGACCCCUUGUCCUGCCAUGGUCUCCUGUUUUCUGAUUGAAACUGUGUCCUAUUCCAUGAACAGAAAUAGAAAACUGGCUUGGCUGUGUCCUGUUCCCGGACGCAGUGGGAGGACCAGGCGUGCAGAGGAGAAUGGCAAUGUAACUUUGAAGCGACGUGUGUCGUGCCAGCAGUACCUACUGCCUGUAUAAAGUGAUGGAGCGAUAGCCCAAGCAUGCGAGCGAGGGUUUUAGCAACGUGUCUGCUUUGCUUUGAUGGGGUUAUUUCCCGCAGGGUGCAGGAACUCAGUGAGGUAGUUGGUAAUUUUUUUUCCACUUUUGGCUUAGCUCAUACUUUUCUGCCUGUAGGAAGAACAAGUCAGUGUCAAAGUGCAGGGCUUGUAGUAGAAGGAAGAAACAAUAAGCCCAUUCUCUCCAAGUCCCUUGCUAUUUAACUUCAGAACUUGACCUGCUUUGCUGGCAGCAUGAUGCUUCUGUAGCAAAUACAUCAUCAGGCCUGAUUUGAUCAUGUACCCACCAGCUCUUGAACUUGCCUAACUUGCUGAAAAGGAAUGCCGAGGGGGAAAAAUGUUCUACAAACUCAAUAAUACAUUCAUUUCUGAAAAUGUAUUCCUUUGUUAUAGAUAGUCCCAUCCAAAGCACAGCAGCGUGUGUGGUCAGUCACCUCAGUGGAAUACUUGAAAUGGACAGUGGAACCAGCAGAAAAGUAUGCCUAGGAUAAACACAUAAAAGCAGAGAUGAGCUAGCAAGAAAACGGCACGAUGUUUGUUCUGACUGGGCACUGUGAAGUGUAAACCCAGGUCCCACUGGCACCAGCACUCACCUCUGCCUUUUCUAGGAGCAGAUCAGUCCAUAAUGCCUGAAGUGCGAGACCUCUCCGAUGCCUUGCCCGACUUGCCGAUGGAUCCCAUCACGGGUGUUGGUGUGGUUGCAUCCCGGAACCGAGCACCUACAGAUUAUGAUGUAGUUGCACAAACAGCAGAUGGCUUGGAUGCUGACCUCUGGAAAGACGGCUUAUUUAAAUCCAAGGUCACACGAUACCUGUGCUUCACGAGAUCGUUUUCAAAAGAAAAUAGUCAUCUAGGCAAUGUCUUGGUUGAUAUGAAGCUCAUUGAUAUCAAGGACACUUUACCAGUGGGCUUCAUUCCCAUCCAGGAGACCUCUGAUACACAAGAAAUAGCUUUCAGGAAGAAGAGGCUGUGCAUUAAAUUCAUCCCUCGAGAUUCUACAGAGGCAGCGAUCUGUGAUAUCCGAAUCCUGGGUAGAUCUAAACAGGCGCCUCCUCAGUACACCUUCAUAGGGGAGUUGAACAACAUGGGCAUUUGGUACCGGAUGGGCAGAGUUCCACGCAACCAUGAACCUGCGCAGCCUGAAACUCCUCCUUCCCAAGCACCAUCUUCAACACCUGCUCCUAACCUGCCAAGGCAUAUCUCCCUGACGCUCCCUGCCAGCUUUCGAGGGAAAAGUCACAGCACUCGCCUGGACUUGGAGCACCAGCACUCAAAUUUGUACGCCAUAUCAGCAAUGGAUGGAGUGCCUUUCAUGAUUUCGGACAAGUUUGCCUGUGCUCCUGAAGGGAUGCAGCCAGUUGAUCUCUUGGGCAUCACAAUCAAAACCCUUGCAGAAAUCGAAAAGGAGUACGACUACAGCUUCCGGACGGAGCAGAGCGCGGCGGCCCGGCUGCCCCCCAGCCCCACGAGGUGCCCGCCGGUCCCGCAGUCCUGAGCGGGGCGGCCGGCGCUGGAGCGGGGUGUGCGUGCGUACUACUGAGCAGGAUGUGGCACCGGGGCCAUCCCAGACCUCCGCUCGCCCGGGCAUCGCCGCCCUCCCUGCGCUGCACCACCUCCUCCUGCACACACU